AUGCAGUUUGAGGUCUUCGACCCCUCGCUCCCGCCCCUAUGUGAUUCUGCCUCCCCUUUCAUUGCCUCGGCAUGGAAAACUCUCCUCGAGCGUUACCCUGGAAACCUGGGGACUAUCUGCAGCGGCAUCCUUACCUUCGGUUGCCGCCUUGGCUGUACGGCCCAGCCGACAGACCGUCGAACACCUAAUCACCAUAUUGAGGAACCCCCUUUUAUCACCCGGAAGCUCUCCGAUGACCUGUCAAAUCGCCGGGUGCAAGUAUGCACUGGCCCGGUCGUUGUGUCUCCACUAGGGCUCGUACCUAAACACGACGGAAGCUGGCGCCGGAUCCAUGACCUUUCCUACCCGCCAGGACGUAGUGUCAACGAGUCUAUUUCGGAUACCGCCUCUGCUAUACAAUACAUCUCCAUAGAUCAAAUCUUCGAUCUCAUCCGCACCUCUGGACGAGGAUGCUACAUCAUCAAACGCGACAUCAAGGAUGCUUUCCGCAAUAUCCCCGUCGCACCCGCCGCCCGGCGCCUCUUAGCCUUUUCGUGGGAUAUCAAGACAUAUAUGGAGUGUUGCUUUCCAUUUGGUCUUGCAACUGCACCCUUCAUCUUUAACCUUUUUGCUGAGGGUCUCAACUGGCUUCUGACUGCCUACUUACCUGGGGCCUAUAUCGUUCAUUACCUUGACGAUUUCAUCACUGUUUUUCCUCCUUCUGUAGGAAGUGUCUCUCAGGCUAUCGCCGACUUCAAUGCCGUAUACAUUCCUCUGACGGAUGCACUGGGUAUCCCAAGAAAUGUCACCAAAGAUGCCGCAGGUACCGUGGUCAGUGGGGGUCGAAAUCGACACGACACUUCUGCAGGCCCGCAUGCCUCGCGAUAA